UGAAACCAUUACAAACACACACAAAAAUCAAAAGGGUCAUUUAAAAUUUUUUAAAGAGACGACAUACAGAUAUAGUUUAAAUCGACCAAGAAACGAUUAAAGGGGUGACCUGAGUCCUUUCAACACAAAAAAAAAAAAACAAAAUGGCCGGAGUUUUCAAAACGGUUACGUUUUUGGUUUUGGCUUUUGCUGCCGUUGCUGUAUUCGCUGAGACGGAGGACCACGAUGUUGGUGGUGAUACCGAGUGGACGAGACCUAUGGACCUCGACUUCUAUACUACCUGGGCGGCCGGUAAAACUUUCAAAGUAGGCGACGAGCUCGAAUUUAAUUUCGCUCCUGAAAGGCACGAUGUGGCAGUUGUAACAAAAGAUGCAUAUGAUAACUGCGACAAAGAGAAACCCACAAGCGUCAUGACCGUUCCUCCGGUCAAAAUCAGGCUAAACACCACUGGACCACAAUACUUUAUCUGCACCGUCAGUGACCAUUGCCGCUUUGGUCAAAAACUCUCUAUCAAUGUAGUUGCUGCUGGUGCUACAGGAGGAGGUGUUACUCCAGCUCCAGGUGCUCGUGGCGGUGCUUCUCCUGCACCAGCUGGGGCAACCCCAGGUGCCGGAGGAGCCACCACUCCCCCCACUGCUGGCGGGACCACAACACCUUCCGGCUCUAGCGGAACCACCACUACUCCAGCUGCUGGAAAUGCCGCCGCUUCUUCUUUAGGAGGUGCUACUUUCUUGGUCGCUUUUGUUUCCGCUGUUGUUGCUCUCUUUUGAGUUCACACACUUGAAACUUUUUAGUUAAUCAAUAUGUGUUUGUUUUAUACCUUAUACUCUCCUUAAUUCUAUUACAGUCAUGUACGUAUUUUUAUUCUUUUUGAGAGAAUAAAGACUUGUUUUCAAGUCAUUAUAUAAACGUCUUAUACUCUGUGAUUAGUAUGAGUUCGAUAUGUGAUUA